GGCUAGCGUCGGACCUACCCACAACUUCGCCGUCCUUCCGGAGCAGGAGCGAUUUCUGUCGUAUCUGCCUUUGUCGCAUGUGGCUGGACUGAUGGUGGACAUGUGCUGUCCCAUGGCGCUGACUGCCAAGUUGCCAUGCUGGUGCACCGCGUAUUUUGCUCGACCAUACGAUCUCAAGAUGGGUGCCAUCAAGGACCGCCUUUGCGCGGCAAGGCCCACUGCCUUCCUGGGCGUCCCCUUGGUUUGGGAGAAGAUCGCAGACAAGCUGCGCGCCAUUGGCGCUGCAAACUCAGGCUUGAAGCAGUCCAUUGCCAGUUGGGCGAAAGACCUGGGCCUCACGCAAGCCAAGAGCUCUCUUUUGGGAGGCGAUGGUUACACACCGGUUGGCUUCACCUUGGCAGAGACCUUGAUUCUGAGCAAAGUGAAGGGCGCCUUGGGUAUGGACCAGCUGAAGUACGCGGCUACAGGAGCUGCCCCCAUCCGUGUGGACACCUUGGAGUAUUUCGGAUCCUUGGGCUUGAGCAUCAACGAAGUGUACGGCAUGUCUGAGAGCUGUGGAGGUGCUACCCUUUCCACUCAGUCUGCACACCUGUGGGGCUCUUGCGGAUUUCCAGUUGACGGAGUCGAGGUGAAAGUGUUCAAGGUUGAUGCCACGGACAUCAACAAGAAGACGGAGUGCCCCAGGACACCGAGUUUGGAUGACAACCACGAAGACUACCAAGGAGAGAUCUGCUUUCGCGGCCGGCAGAUCAUGAUGGGAUACCUCGCCCAGCCGGACUUCGGCCCGGAGCACGUGAAGUCGAUCGAGAAGAAGACGGCCGAAGCCAUCGACGCGGAGGGUUGGAUGCACUCCGGAGACAAGGGCAUGAUGACGGCCUCGGGCAUGCUGAAGAUCACGGGGCGCUUCAAGGAGUUGAUCAUCGGAGAUGGUGGAGAGAACAUUGCACCGGUACCUAUCGAGGACCACAUCAAAGCAUCGUGCGACGGCAUCAACGAGGUCAUGAUGGUCGGGGACAAGCGAAAGUACAACGUCGCGCUCAUCACGCUCAAGGCAGUGGGUGCGAACGGCGAAGUUCCCGGCACUGACGAUCUGGAUGCAGGGGCCAAGCGAGUGAACCCGGAUGUCACCACCAUCUCGGCAGCGCUGGAUGACAAGGUCUGGAUUGAGGCUGUGACGAAGGCGGUCACCUCCGCCAACAACAACGGCAAGAUCUGCCCCAACAAUGCCUUCAAGGUCCAAAAGUUCAUGAUUUUGCCAACGAACUUCUCCGAAGAGCAGGGCUCUCUAACACCCACGAAGAAGCUGAAGCGACCGAUCGUGGAGAAGGCAUUCAUCAAGCAGGUGGAGCAGAUGUACGCCUCGAAGGAAACGUAUGUUCGUUACCAGGCGUGA